CAGCACAGACACUGCCGGCAUCACCCGGAGAAUGAGGACCAGGAGCUAGAGGCACUACACCCCGCCGCAGAGGACUCCCAGCCAGUGCCAUAGGCCCCGCAGGAAGAAGCCAGAGAGAGGCAGACGGACUUACAUACAAUAAGAGGAAAAGAUAGAGAAGAGCAAGAGAAUCAGAUAAGCAUGAAAACCAAAAGCGAUAAUAGUAUGCUGAAGCGAAAGCAAAGCUCAAGAGUAGAGGCUCAGCCGGUUACAGAUUUCGGCCCUGAUGAAUCACUCUCUGAUAAUGCUGAUAUCCUGUGGAUCAACAAACCAUGGGUGCACUCAUUACUACGCAUUUGUGCAAUUAUCAGUGUCAUUUCCGUUUGUAUGAACACCCCAAAGACCUUUGAACAUUAUCCUCCUCUUCAGUAUGUGACAAUUGCCCUUGAUACCCUAUUGAUGUUCCUUUACACUGCAGAGAUGAUUGCAAAAAUGCACAUCCGAGGAAUUGUCAAGGGAGAUACAUCCUAUGUCAAGGAUCGUUGGUGUGUUUUUGAUGGAUUCAUGGUCUUUUGUCUCUGGGUUUCCUUAGUUUUACAGGUUUUUGAAAUUGCAGAAGUUGUUGAUCAGAUGUCUCCAUGGGGAAUGUUACGGAUUCCUCGUCCUUUGAUAAUGAUUCGUGCUUUUCGUAUUUAUUUCCGUUUUGAACUGCCAAGAACUAGGAUAACAAACAUUUUAAAGCGCUCAGGAGAGCAAAUUUGGAGUGUUUCCAUAUUUCUACUAUUUUUCCUUCUUCUUUAUGGAAUCCUUGGUGUCCAGAUGUUUGGGAAUUUUACAUAUCAUUGUGUGACAAAUGACACACAACCAGGAAAUGUAACUUGGAAUAAUCUUGCCAUUCCGGAUACUCACUGUUCACCAGAUGGAGAAGGAUACCAGUGCCCUCGAGGAUUUAAGUGCAUGGAUCUGGAAGAGCUUGGACUAAGCAGACAAGAGCUCGGUUACAGUGGAUUUAAUGAAAUAGGAACCAGCAUCUUUACCGUAUAUGAAGCUGCCUCUCAGGAAGGGUGGGUUUUCCUUAUGUACAGAGCAAUUGACAGUUUCCCCAGAUGGCGCUCCUAUUUCUACUUCAUUACCCUCAUUUUCUUCCUUGCUUGGCUUGUUAAGAAUGUCUUCAUUGCUGUCAUUAUUGAGACCUUUGCUGAAAUUAGAGUGCAGUUUCAACAGAUGUGGGGUUCUCGGAGCAGCACCACUUCAACCGCUACCACCACGAUGUUCCAUGAAGAUGCUAGUGGUGGCUGGCAACUGGUUGCUGUGGAUGUAAAUAAGCCCCAGGGAAGAGCUCCAGCAUGUCUACAGAAAAUGAUGAGAUCGUCCAUUUUCCACAUGUUUAUACUAAGCAUGGUGGCUGUAGAUGUAAUUGUCGCCGCCAGCAACUACUACAAAGGGGAGAACUUUAGAAGACAAUACGAUGAGUUCUACCUUGCCGAGGUAGCAUUUACUGUACUUUUUGACCUAGAAGCAUUGUUGAAGAUUUGGUGUUUAGGAUUUACAGGCUACAUUAGCUCCUCUCUUCACAAAUUUGAAUUGCUCCUUGUAGUUGGAACAACUCUUCAUAUUUAUCCAGUUCUCUACCACUCUCAGUUUACGUACUUCCAGGUGCUACGAGUUGUACGACUCAUCAAGAUUUCACCUGCUUUGGAAGACUUUGUGUAUAAAAUUUUUGGACCUGGUAAAAAACUAGGAAGUCUGGUGGUGUUCACCGCCAGUCUCCUAAUUGUCAUGUCCGCGAUCAGUUUGCAGAUGUUCUGCUUUGUGGAGGAGUUAGACCGGUUCACCACUUUUCCUCGGGCCUUUAUGUCAAUGUUUCAGAUUUUGACACAGGAGGGAUGGGUGGAUGUAAUGGAUCAAACUCUUAAUGCUGUAGGACAUAUGUGGGCUCCUGUGGUUGCUAUCUACUUCAUACUUUAUCAUCUAUUUGCCACUUUGAUUUUGCUCAGCUUGUUUGUGGCAGUUAUCUUGGACAAUCUAGAGCUUGAUGAAGACUUGAAGAAGCUCAAACAGUUGAAACAAAGUGAAGCAAAUGCUGACACCAAAGAAAAACUACCACUGCGUCUACGUAUCUUUGAAAAAUUUCCCAACAGGCCACAGAUGGUAAAGAUCUCCAAAUUGCCUUCUGAUUUCACCGUCCCAAAAAUAAGGGAAAGUUUCAUGAAGCAGUUUAUUGACCGUCAACAACAAGACACCAGCUGUCUUCUGAGAAGACUUCCUUCAGCUUCUUCUUCUUCUUGUGAUCACUCUAAACGCUCUGGUAUUGAGGAAAAUAAGUACAUUGAUCAAAAGCUACGCAAGUCAGUUUUUAGCAUCAGAGCAAGAAAUCUCCUGGAAAAGGAAACAGCAGUGAAUAAAAUCCUGAGAGCAUGCACAAGGCAGCGCAUGCUGAGUGGCUCUUUUGAAGGGCAGCCUGCCAAGGAAAGAUCAAUCCUUAGUGUGCAACAUCAUAUACGACAAGAAAGAAGGUCACUAAGACAUGGAUCGAACAGUCAAAGAAUCAGCAGGGGCAAAUCUUUGGAAACACUAACACAAGACCAUUCCAACACUGUAAGGUACAGAAAUGCCCAGAGAGAAGACAGUGAAAUCAAAAUGAUCCAAGAAAAGAAGGAGCAGGCCGAGAUGAAAAGGAAAGUUCAAGAAGAAGAAUUAAGAGAGAAUCACCCAUACUUUGACAAGCCCCUUUUCAUAGUUGGUCGAGAGCACAGGUUUAGGAACUUCUGUCGGGUGAUUGUCCGAGCACGAUUUAACGCCUCAAAAACAGAUCCAAUUACUGGAGCCGUGAAAAACACAAAAUACCACCAACUGUAUGACUUACUCGGACUGGUGACUUACCUGGACUGGGUUAUGAUUGUAGUCACCAUAUGUUCAUGCAUCUCCAUGAUGUUUGAGUCCCCAUUCAGAAGGGUAAUGCACACCCCAACUUUACAGAUUGCAGAGUAUGUUUUUGUUAUAUUCAUGAGCAUUGAGCUGAACCUGAAGAUUAUGGCAGAUGGCUUAUUUUUCACCCCCACAGCUGUUAUAAGGGACUUUGGAGGUGUGAUGGACAUAUUCAUUUAUCUUGUCAGCCUGAUCUUCCUGUGUUGGAUGCCGUACAAUGUUCCAGCUAAAUCUGGGACUCAACUUUUAAUGGUAUUACGUUGUUUGAGACCUCUCCGUAUAUUCAAGCUAGUCCCUCAGAUGAGAAAAGUUGUGCGUGAACUAUUCAGUGGUUUCAAGGAAAUAUUUCUGGUGUCCAUUCUUCUGCUAACAUUGAUGCUAGUAUUUGCCAGCUUUGGCGUCCAGCUUUUUGCAGGAAAGCUUGCAAAAUGCAAUGACCCAACUAUUGAAAUCCGAGAAAAGUGUCAUGGCAUAUUUAGAAUCAAUGUCAGUGUAUCUAAAAAUCUCAAUCUGAAGUUAAAACCAGGAGAGAAGAAGCCAGGAUUUUGGGUUCCACGAGUUUGGGCAAAUCCUCGAAAUUUCAAUUUUGACAAUGUUGGGAAUGCUAUGCUGGCUUUGUUUGAAGUGCUGUCUUUAAAAGGCUGGGUAGAAGUGCGGGAUGUUAUUAUUCAUCGCGUUGGACCAAUACACGGAAUAUACAUUCAUGUGUUUGUAUUCCUUGGCUGCAUGAUAGGUCUUACUCUUUUUGUUGGGGUGGUCAUUGCCAACUUCAAUGAAAACAAGGGAACAGCUCUGCUAACUGUUGAUCAGAGGAGAUGGGAAGAUCUUAAAAGCAGACUGAAGAUAGCUCAACCACUCCACCUCCCUCCUCGUCCAGAUAAUGAUGGUUUCAGAGCACGAAUGUAUGAUAUCACACAACAUCCAUUUUUCAAGAGGACUAUAGCAGUACUUGUCCUCGCACAAUCGGUUCUUCUGUCUGUAAAGUGGGAUGUUGAUGAUCCUGUGACUGUGCCUCUUGCAACAAUGUCAGUGGUUUUCACCUUCAUUUUUGUUUUGGAGGUAACAAUGAAGAUAACAGCCAUGUCACCAGCUGGGUUUUGGCAAAGCAGAAGAAAUCGCUAUGACCUGCUUGUAACUUCCCUGGGAGUUAUUUGGGUCGUACUUCAUUUUGCCUUACUAAAUGAGUAUACCUAUAUGAUGGGUGCCUGUAUAAUCGUCUUUAGGUUUUUCUCUAUAUGUGGAAAGCAUGUGACAUUGAAGAUGCUGCUGCUGACCGUUGUUGUCAGCAUGUACAAGAGUUUCUUUAUUAUUGUUGGCAUGUUCUUGUUGCUCCUUUGCUAUGCUUUUGCCGGAGUUGUUCUCUUUGGAACAGUGAAAUAUGGUGAAAACAUUAAUAGACAUGCAAACUUCUCCACGGCAGGAAAAGCUAUAACCGUCCUUUUCAGGAUAGUAACUGGGGAAGACUGGAAUAAAAUAAUGCAUGACUGUAUGGUACAACCUCCAUUUUGCACACCUGAUAGUAGUAGGUACUGGGAAACCGAUUGUGGAAAUUACGCUGGAGCACUCAUGUACUUCUGUUCCUUUUAUGUCAUCAUUGCCUACAUCAUGUUAAACCUUUUAGUUGCUAUAAUUGUAGAGAAUUUUUCUCUUUUCUACUCUACUGAAGAGGAUCAAUUACUAAGUCCCAAUGACCUCCGCCAUUAUCAAAUAAUAUGGAAUAUGGUUGAUGAUAAAAGAGAGGGGGUUAUUCCAACUUUUCGUGUGAAGUUCCUCCUGAGGUUGCUUCGUGGCCGUCUAGAAGUAGAUUUGGACAAAGACAAGCUUUUAUUUAAGCACAUGUGCUAUGAAAUGGAGCGCUUGCAUAGUGGUGGUGAUGUUACCUUUCAUGAUGUACUCAGCAUGCUGUCAUACAGAUCGGUGGACAUCAGAAAGAGCCUUCAGCUGGAAGAACUGCUAGCACGGGAACAGCUGGAGUACACAAUAGAGGAAGAAGUGGCUAAACAAACUAUACGCAUGUGGCUGAAGAAGUGUCUCAAACGUAUUCGGGCUAAACAACAGCAAUCCUGCAGCAUUAUCCACAGUCUACGAGAGAGCCAGCAACAAGAAAGGGAGCGGUAUGGGAACCCUCCUAGUAUUGAAACAACACAGCCAAGCGACGACAUGAGCCUCAAUAACCAAGAUAAUGCCCAGCCAGAGACAAGCAGUCAGCCCAAACUUUUAAGCCCCACCUUCUCGGAUCUUAUGAGAGAUCAUCAAGAUUCUAUCGAAGGCGUAAUGCGCUCAAGAAGAGUUGGCCAGUGGCAUCUACCAGCAGCACCAAAACCUAUUAGUCACUCUGUAUCUUCUGUCAAUCUACGUAUUGGAGGUCGAAACACUAUGAUAUCUGCGAUGGGCAAGAUGAAUGCCAUGUCUGAUGCGAUCUCUUGUGGCUCAGAAGUCAAGAAAUGGUGGACAAGGCAGCUUACUGUGGAGAGUGAUGAAAGUGGCGAUGACCUACUUGAUAUGUAAAGACAAAGCAUAGUAGAACUCAGACUACUGUGAGACAGCAGAGAAAAUGUUUUAC